AUGGUCGCCAUUGAACAAUGUUCAAAUACAUCGGAAGAGAGGACAUCGAGGUCUAAUAUCAAUAAGUGCCCAACAUUGGAAAACUAUCACUGUUUGAAGACAGAAGAUGGUCAGUUACGUGAACUCUGUACUAGCCCAAUCUGGAUUGAAGCAGGGAAAUGUCCGAUAUUCAGUGCAACUGGUAAAUUAGAUGCCAGAAUUUGCCAAUCUAUAUCAUCAGGAACAUGUCCACCCAAAGUUUUCAAAUCAAACCUCAACUUCAACUAUCCAGGGUGUUUACCAAGUUAUAGAGCGGAAUCUACCACAACAAACAUUCAUGGCAAAUAUCAGACGACACAGAACAGUAACUUUACGGUAUCUGCCAGCGAUGAGGGGGGCUCAAGUCUUGUGGUGGCCAUUGUUGUGCCUCUGUUGGUUUUGGUGAUCAUCGUGACUAUUGGAAUCGCCUGGUGGAUAAAAAAGAAAGAAAUUCGAAAAUGGAUCAGAGAUAUUGGUGAUGUUCAUUUCAUGAUUUCCAUGUAUAAUUUAUUUGAGUUGACCAUAACGUAA